UGUAAACAAACUAGUGUCAAAGAGUCUCAACCUGGAUCAGGGUUAUUUUGAACAAAGUCUUGAUGAAUCCGUUGGAAACGGAUUAUGAUGGUGUAAACGACGUCUUAACGAAAUCCGAACCGGAUUCAGACAUUUCAGAAUGUGAUCCAAAAGAGUUGAAUUGUAGUUCAAAACGGAUCCUAUUCAAAAAGGACAACGAAAGAUGCGGAGAAGUGUUGGUCGGAUUUCAGGGUAAUUUCACCCUCGUCUGUAUGCUUUGUGAAAAACCAUUUUCCGAUUUAACUUCCUUCGGAUCUCAUAUAUAUUCAAAGCAUUUGAGUAUCAUAUACGAAGAGGAGACGACAGCUGAAGUGAGACUGGAUCCAGCAUGUGAUUUACGGAUUGGUACUGGGUCACAUUUACAGGAAACGUUGGAUUAUGAAGUCCUUGAAAUCAGCCCUACUGAGGAAGGAGAUAACAUCUCCGAAAUGAAUGAACAACUUGAAGCCGAAACCGAUUUGGACGAGUCAAUACAGUUGGACCCAUCAUAUGACCCAGCCAGCGAUGAUAUUCCUGUCAAGAAGAGAAACAAUGCGUCUCAAAAAAUCCAAGAAAAAGAAGAUUUCCUUUGCGUCCUAUGCUGUGGACUAUAUAAAACCGGAAAAUCUUACGUAUCGCAUUUGAGACGCGACCACGAAAACGAAAUAUUGAUCACAGAGGCAGGUGACCAGGAGGAAAUAACAGUUUUAGCACCCUUAACCAUGGUCUGUAAAUAUUGCAACCAGAAAUUCAAUGAUGUGGACCCUUUCAGAGAACACGUAGCCUCUCAUACAGGACCAAAUCGUUUCAUCUGUUCAUACUGUCCAAAAUCCUUUCCUAGUCGAUAUACCCUUGAAUCGCACAUAAACACCCACACGGGUGAACGUCCAUACAAGUGCACGCACUGCCCGAAAGCAUUCAGCAACCGGAACAACCUUCAAAUGCACAUUCGAAUCCAUUUGGGGAUCAUGAAAUACUCCUGCGAUUAUUGCGGUAAACGUUUCGUACAAAGCAACAAGAAGAAACAGCACGAACGUACCCAUACCGGCGAAAAACCGUACCAGUGCGAGGAAUGCGGGAGGCGUUUCAUAUCCCGUGUAAAGUUGACGGAACAUGAACGAAGGCACAAGAACAUCAAGGAUUAUCAAUGUGAAGUGUGUGAUAAAGAGUUUUACAGUUCGACUCUGUUAAAGGAUCAUAUGACAGUCCAUACUGGCGCACGACCCUUUCACUGUACUGUUUGUGGUCAGAGCUUUCCUAGGAAAAAAUCACUUCGAGCGCAUGCACAAUUGCAUUCAAAUGAGAAGAAAUAUGUCUGUAAUAUAUGCGGAAAGGCGUUCGCCCAAUUCGCCGGGUUAUAUUCCCACAAGAGAUCACACGGGAAAAAUUUAAGUACAUGAGCUCUAAGGAUUACGUGUAGGAGUUUUAGAAUAAAUGAUAAAAUGAAA